AGGCACAGGAGCAGCCCUUGCCCCGGGGGAGAAGGGUGCUGCGGCGCCACCGGCUCACGGCCAUCGGCAGGAGAGCGCCCGCCGGCCGUGCCAGGCUUCCUUCGGCUCGCCGCCCUGGCUGGGCCAGCCUGAGGGCGGGCCGUGGGGCGGCCUGGAAGCGCCUCGCCAAUCGGGGCCAGAGCGGAGCGAAGGGGGCGGGCACGGAAGGGAAGGGAAGGGGAGCCGUCGCUGCCGCGCAGCCCAGACAGGCGAGGAGACCCGAGGCGACGGCGGCAGCCCAGGCAGGCAGUGACUGGCGGGGACGGGGCGACCCCGGCCGGAGGAUCGAGAACGGCAGACAAGGUCCCGGGAGCUGCUACUGUGGCUUCGUGGGGGCCGUGGCCUCGGGGCGGCGUCGGCAGUUCCCGGCAGGCGGGGAGCAGGUCGCAACGGGCAGGCGCAGGUGGCUGGCCGGGCCAGGUGCUUUGUGGAGCCGGAGCCGAGCGGCGCGCAGGCAGGCGGGGAGGCGAGUGGCGCCCUCGGGCUGCACAGAAGAGUCGGCCGUGGCUGUGGCGCUCUGGGGCUUGGCCUGCCGGUCUGUGGCCCGGGGCUGCGGUACCCAGAGGAGCUCCAGCGCCCUGGCAGGGUCCAGGAUGUCGACCUCCUCCUCGGAGGAGUGCCGCUCGCCGGUGGGACUGGACUGCUGCAGUUGCUGCCUGGACUUGGCCAACCGCAGCGGCCUGGAGAGCCCCCCGGGCUACAACAACAACCCGGGCAGCCCCUUCCUGCAACUCCGGGAGCAGCUGGUCUGCGAGAACCUCAACGCUGACAAGCUGAGCCGCAUCAUGCGCCAGGACUCCCUGGAGCUGGUGGUGCGCGACCCCUGCUACCUCCUCAACCAGGGCAUCUGCAACCGCAACAUCGACCAGACCCUCCUCUCCAUCCUGCUCUUCUUCCACAGCGCUUCCGGGGCCAGCGUGGUCGCCAUCGAUAACAAGAUCGAGCAGGCCAUGGAUCUGGUCAAGAACCACUUGAUGUACGCGGUGAAGGAAGAGGUGGAGAUCCUCAAGGAGCAGAUCAAGGAGCUGGCAGAGAAGAACUCUCAGCUGGAGAGGGAGAACAGCCUCCUGAGGAACCUGGCCAGCCCAGAGCAGCUGCAGAAGUUCCAGUCCCGCCUGCCGCUGGAGGGGCAGCCGCCCAGCCCGGAGCAGCAGCAGAGCCCCCCAGGGGCCCUGGCCCAGCAGGCUGCAGGCUCUGCGGUGUAAGGUGGCUCUGUCCAUGGGGUGGGCAGAGCCACAAAACUUUUUCUACUCAACCUCCUCAGAAGUGGUUUUUCCUCCUGCGUCUCCUUUGGAGAACUUGAGCUGGAGCUGCAGCCGCAGCCGUACCCUGAAGGGGCCCGUUAAUCCAUGGCCGGCUCACUUGGGUUGGCCAGAGACUCUGUCUUCCCUGACGAAACUAGCGCCAGCAAGCGAGGCUGCGCUGGGACUGACUGGCCGACGGACGGACUGGUUGCUGCAACUGCGGUGUAGCCCUGCCUUGAUGACAGAGUUCUGAGUUAGUGACGGGGGCCCUCCCCUGCUGCUCACACCCUUCUGGAGAGAACAGGGGGCACCCUGUGUGUGCUGAGGGUCCUGUCUCACUGGCAAAAGACUGUUAAAAGACUGUUAACUUGGAAGAAGCAAGUUCUUGUUUUCUAAGCAAGAGAGAGCCACUGUCUUCUCACACCUGCCUCUCUUCCUUGCUCGCUAGCAGGGAGGCACCUCUUGCCUGAUCAGCCCCUUGGCCUGGCCUGGGUGUGUCACCAUGCAGAGAUGGCACAGUUGCUGCCAGGGUGUGUGUGUGUUUGGCGCUUGCCCUGUUCUCCUCUAGUUACCACCUUGGGCUGGAUUGGGGAGGGUGCACAAGCACUGUAGAACUGCCUCACGGACAGACUGCACCAUGCCCCCCCCCGUGCAUGUUGGGGGGGGAUUGGACUGCUGGAAGGAUGGUCUAGUGCCACCAAGUGGCAAAUGGAGGGGGGGCUGAGGCUUCCUGAGAUGGUUUAUCUGUUGGAUUUUGGACUUGGACAAGCCCCCUGUGAAAGGGGGGGUUCAGCACCAGCUGCCUUUAACUGUUCUGUGUGGACCCAAAGCAGACAGUAGACACUGGGGCAAUGCGCUGGUGGGGUGGGGAGUUGGUGGCAAGCUGUUCCCCUCCUGCCGUGAUGGGAACCUGCUUCUUUGAGACACUUUUUGAAUAAUGCUGUACAUCUCAAGACAUCGCAAUAAAGUCUACUUUUUAUAUAUA